AGUCGUUAAGUGGAAAAUGGAGGCUGAAUUUUACAUGGCGAUUCUUACCUGCUUCAUCUUCGUCAACUCAGAGGGGUUUCAGAUUGUCCAUGUCCAGAAACAACAGUGUCUUUUCAAAAAUGAGAGAGUGGUCAUGGACGUGUGCAAUAGGACAAACCAGAACCAGCAGUGGAUGUGGACUGAGGAUGGAAAGCUCCUUCAUGUUAAAUCUGCUCUGUGCCUGGGCAUCUCCAAUUCCUCUGGCGGCCCUGGCCGAGCCGCCAUCUUUGCCCCCUGCUCCCAAGCUCCUCGAUGGACUUGCUAUGAGAAGGAAGGGUUCCUUGAGGUGGAAAAUGCCUCUCUCUUUCUCAAGAAACAAGGCUUCAGGGUAGUGGUCAAGAAGGGCAGGAAGUACCUCCAUAGCUGGAUGAAAAUAGAUGUCAACCAGGAGGGAAAACCAGUCAAUGAAAGCCUCUGCUCUAAAAAAGCUGGCCCGGGAACUGAAGUCUCAGUAAGGAGCACUAGAAACACAGCUCCUCCCCAGACCCCCACUACUUUUAAUGCACUUCCAUAUAGCCCAGGACACCUUAUUAGAAAUACCACCGAGGUCUUCACCAGAAGUACCCCAGAAAACUACAGCCAGAACAUCAGCCAGAGGCAGCACCUCAGUCUAUGGAUGGCUGGAAUGACAUCUUGGGUUCCCUGGACCACUCCACCCUUCUCCAGCACCACGGAAGAGACUGGACUGGGGGAGCCACUGAGAUGCAACUUCACCUUGACAGAGGCCAGGGUCUCCAGCCGGGCCGUGUCUCUGCAGUGGAGAACUUUGGCGUUCCCCUGUAACUUUAACCUCACCUACAGAAGUGACACCUCCGGGGUCGCGUGGUGCCACCCUGCGCGGAUAGACAACACCACCUAUGGAUGUAACACCAAGGAUUUACAAGCGGGAACCAUCUACAAUUUCACUAUUAUGUCUCUGGAUGGAGAAAAGAAAACUAUGGUCUUGCAAACAGAUCCUUUACCUCCUGCUAGGUUUGAAGUCAGUAAAGAGAAAAGUACUUCCACCAGUUUGCAUGUUUGGUGGACUCCUUCCUCGGGAAAAGUCAGCUGGUAUGAGGUACAGUUACUUGAUGAUAACCAAAAGAUACAGAUGGCCCAAAUUCAAGAAGGAGCUUCACGGAAUGAAUACACAUUUUUCAACCUCACUGCUGGUAAUAAAUAUAAUAUUGCCAUCACAGCUGUUUCUGGGGAUAAACGUUCCUCUACAAUGUAUGCCAAUGGAUCAACAGUGCCAUCCCCAGUGAAAGAUAUUGGUGUUUUGGCAAAAACUAAUUCGCUUCUGAUUUCCUGGUCACGUGGAUCUGGGAACGUGGAACGAUACCAGCUGAUGCUAAUGGAUAGAGGGAUUCUAGUUCAUAGUAGUGCUGUGGACACUACUUUCUACACUUUUCAUGGACUGACACCUGGUCACCUCUAUAAUGUCACCAUUGUUAGUGAGGCUGCAGGGCUGCAAAACUACAGAUGGAAAUCAGCCAGGACAAUCCCCAUGGAAGUCUCAAAUCUGAAGGUGACGAAUGAAGGCACUAUGACUUCUCUAAAAGUCAAGUGGCAAAGGCCUCCCGGAAAUGUGGAUUUCUACAACAUUACCCUGUCUUACCAAGGGACCAUCAAACAAUCCAGAACAUUAGCAUCCCAGAUUACUGAAAGUCAAUUUAAAGACUUGGCCCCUGGACGACUUUAUCAAGUCACCGUCAGCUGUGUGUCCGGUGAAUUAUCUGCUCACAAGACAGCAGUGGGCAGAACAGUUCCACAGAAAGUUGGGGACCUGGAGGCAAACAGCAGUGGUUCUACGAAGUCCCUGGUAGUAAGCUGGUCGCCCCCUGCUGGAGACUGGGAGCAGUAUCGUAUCCUGCUCUGGAAUGAUUCCUCGGUGCUGCUCAACAUCACCGUGGGAAAGGAGGAAACACACUAUGUCAUAGAUGACGUGGGGCUUAUACCGGGAAGACCGUAUGAGAUAGAAGUCACUGUUGAGAGCGGAAAUCUGAAGAAUUCUACGCGUUGCCAAGGCAGGACAGUCCCCCUGGCUGUCCUUCAUCUUCGUGUCAAACAUGCCAAUGAAACCUCACUGAGCAUCAUGUGGCAGACCCCUGCAGCAGAAUGGGAGAAAUACAUCAUUUCACUCGUUGACAGAGACCUCUUACUCAUCCAUAAGUUGCUUCCCAGAGAUGCCAAAGAAUUCACUUUUACUGACCUGGUGCCUGGACGAAAAUACAAAGCUACAGUCACCAGUAUUAGUGGAGACCUCAAAAAUUCAUCUUUAACAGAAGGAAGAACAGUGCCUGCCCAAGUGACUGGUUUGCGUGUGGCUAACCAAGGGACAACCAGCAGUCUGUUUACUAACUGGACCCAGGCCGUGGGAGGCGUCGAGUUCUACCAAGUCUUACUGAUCCAUGAAAACGUGGUCAUCAAAAAUGAAAGUGUCUCCAGUGACACCAGCAGAUACAGUUUCCACUCCCUCAAGCCAGGCAGCCUCUACUCCGUGGUGGUAACAACAGUAAGCGGAGGGAUCUCUUCCCGACAAGUGGUGGUGGAGGGAAGGACAGUCCCUUCCAGUGUGAGUGGAGUAACGGUAAACAACUCUGGCCGCAGUGACUAUCUCAGCAUAUCCUGGCUGCCGGCUCCCGGAGACGUGGAUAACUACGUGGUAACGCUCUCCCAUGACGGCAGGGUGCUUCAGUCCCUGGUGACUGCCAAGUCUGUCGGCGAAUGUUCCUUCAGCUCCCUCACCCCAGGCCGCCUCUACAACGUGACCAUAACUACGAGGAGUGGCAAAUAUGAAAGUCAUUCCUUCAGCCAAGAGCGGACAGUGCCUAACAAGGUCCAGGGAGUCAGUAUCAGCAACUCGGCCAGGAGUGACUAUUUAAAGGUAUCCUGGGUACAUGCCUCUGGAGACUUUGAUCACUAUGAAGUCACCAUUAAAAACAAAAACAACUUCAUUCAAACAAAAAGCAUUCCCAAGUCUGAAAAUGAGUGUAUAUUUGUUAAGCUCGUCCCUGGACGGUUGUACAGUGUUACUGUUAGUACAAAAAGUGGACAAUAUGAAGCCAGUGAACAAGGAAAUGGAAGAACAAUCCCAGAGGCUGUCAAGGAUCUCACCCUGCAGGACAGGAGUACCGAGGACCUUUGGGUGACGUGGACACGAGCUGAAGGGGAUGUCGACCAGUACGAGAUCCAGUUGCUCUUCAACGAUAUGAAAGUAUUUCCUCCUUUUCACCUUGUCAGUACUGCAACUGAGUAUCGAUUCACCUCCCUCACCCCGGGGCGCAAGUAUAAAAUUCUUGUCUUGACGAUUAGUGGAGAUGUCCAGCAGUCAGCCUUCAUUGAGGGCUUCACAGUUCCUAGUGUGGUCAAAAAUAUUCACAUUUCUCCCAGCGGGGCAACAGAUAGUCUGACAGUGAACUGGACUCCUGGUGGGGGUGAUGUGGAUUCCUACGUGGUCUCAGCAUUCAGGCAGAAUCAAAUGGUCGAGUCUCAGACUGUCCUCAAGUAUGUGUCUGAGUACACGUUCCAGAGGCUGGAGGCUGGUGAGCAGUACCGGAUCGUGAUCGCUUCUGUCAGCGGGUCCCAGAAAAACCAGAUCGAUGCGCUUGGGCGGACAAUCCCAGCGUCUGUCCAGGGAAUAACCGCAGACAAUGCAUACAGUAGUCAUUCCUUAAUAGUAAGUUGGCAAAAAGCUGUUGGCACGGCAGAAAGAUAUGACAUCCUACUUCUGAGUGAAAAUGGGAUCCUCCUAAGUAACACAUCAGAGGCAGCCACCACGAAGCAGCACAAGUUUGAAGACCUAACACCAGGAAAGAAAUACAGGAUACAGAUCCUGACCGUCAGCGGAGGCCUGUUUAGCAAGGAAGCCCAAACAGAAGGCCGAACAGUCCCAGCAGCUGUCACCAAUCUGAGGAUCACAGAGAACUCCACCCGACACCUGUCCUUUAGCUGGACGCCCUCAGAGGGGGAGCUCAACUCCUACAACAUCUUUCUGUACAACCCAGAUCGAACUCUUAAGGAUCGAGCUCAGGUUGACCCGCAAGUCCAGAGCUUCUCCUUCCAGAACUUGCUACAAGGUCGAAUGUACAGAAUGGUGAUUGUGACUCACAGUGGGGAGCUGUCGAAUGAGUCUUUCAUAUUUGGGAGAACAGUCCCAGCCACUGUGAGUAACCUCAAGGGAUCCAAUCAAAACAUGACAGACAGCCUCUGGUUCAGCUGGAAUCCAGCCUCUGGGGACUUCGACUUUUAUGAACUGAUUCUCUAUAACCCCAAUGGCACAAAGAAGGAAAACUGGAAAGACAAGGAUCUGACAGAGUGGCGUUUCCAUGGCCUGGUUCCCGGAAGGAAGUACACGCUAUGUGUGGUAACUCACAGUGGAGAUCUCAGCAACAGGGCCACGGGGGAGAGCAGAACAGCCCCGAGUCCUCCCAGUCUUAUGUCAUUUGCUGAUGUUACAAACACAUCAUUGGCCAUCACCUGGAAAGGGCCACCAGACUGGACAGACUAUGAUGACUUUGAGCUGCAGUGGUUCCCCAGAGAUGCCAUCACAGUCUUCAACCCCUACAGCAACAGAAAAUCGGAAGGACGCAUUGUGCAUGGUCUUCGUCCAGGGAGAUCUUACCAAUUCAGUGUCAGGACCGUCAGUGGUGAUUCCUGGAAAACCUACAGCAAACCAAUUUUUGGAUCUGUGAGGACAAAGCCAGACAAGAUACAGAACCUGCAUUGCCGGCCUCAGAACUCCACAGCCAUUGCCUGUUCUUGGAUCCCUCCUGAUUCUGACUUUGACGGGUACAGCAUUGAGUGCCGGAAGAUGGACACUCAAGAAGUUGAGUUCUCCAGAAAGCUGGAGAAAGAAAAAUCUCUGCUUAACAUCAUGAUGUUGGUGCCUCAUAAGAGGUACCUGGUGUCCAUCAAGGUGCAGUCGGCCGGCAUGACCAGUGAGGUAGUUGAAGACAGCACCAUCACCAUGAUAGACCGCCCCCCUCCUCCACCUCCACAUAUUCGUGUGAAUAAAAAGGAUGUGCUAAUUAGCAAAUCUUCCAUCAACUUUACUUUCAACUGCAGCUGGUUCAGCGACACCAAUGGAGCUGUGAAAUACUUCACAGUGGUGGUGAGAGAGGCUGAUGGCAAUGAUGAGCUGAAGCCAGAUCCGCAGCACCCGCUGCCCUCCUACCUGGAAUACAGGCACAACGCCUCCAUUCGGGUGUAUCAGACUGAUUAUUUUGCCAGCAAAUGUGCCGAAAGUCCUGACAGCAGCUCUAAGAGUUUCAACAUUAAGCUUGGAGCAGAGAUGGAGAGCCUGGGUGGAAAAUGUGAUCCCAAUCAGCAAAAAUUUUGUGACGGGCCGCUGAAGCCACGCACGGCCUACAGAAUCAGCAUUCGGGCUUUCACCCAGCUAUUUGAUGAGGACCUGAAGGAAUUCACAAAACCACUCUAUUCAGACACAUUUUUCUCUUUGCCCAUCACCACUGAGUCAGAGCCUCUGUUUGGAGUUAUUGAAGGUGUGAGUGCUGGUCUGUUCUUAAUUGGCAUGCUCGUCGCUGUUGUUGCCUUAUUCAUCUGCAGACGGAAAGCCAGCCACGGUCGAGAAAGGCACUCUGCUCGUCUGAGCAUUCGUCGGGAUCGACCACUGUCUGUCCACUUGAACUUGGGCCAAAAAGGUAACCGGAAAACUUCUUGCCCAAUAAAACUAAAUCAGUUUGAAGGGCACUUCAUGAAGCUGCAGGCUGACUCCAACUAUCUUCUAUCCAAGGAAUAUGAGGACUUAAAAGAUGUGGGUCGAAACCAAUCAUGUGACAUUGCACUCUUGCCAGAGAACAGAGGGAAAAAUCGAUACAACAAUAUAUUGCCCUAUGAUUCCUCUCGAGUGAAGCUGUCCAACGUGGAUGAUGACCCGUGCUCUGACUAUAUCAAUGCCAGCUACAUCCCUGGCAACAACUUCAGGAGAGAAUACAUCGCAACUCAGGGACCUCUUCCUGGCACCAAGGAUGACUUCUGGAAAAUGGCGUGGGAACAGAAUGUUCACAACAUCGUCAUGGUGACGCAGUGUGUGGAGAAGGGCCGAGUAAAGUGUGACCAUUAUUGGCCAGCAGAUCAAGAUUCCCUCUACUAUGGGGACCUCAUUCUACAGAUGCUGUCAGAAUCCGUGCUGCCUGAGUGGACCAUCCGGGAAUUUCGGAUAUGCAGCGAGGAACAGCUGGACGCACACAGACUCAUCCGCCACUUCCACUACACGGUGUGGCCAGACCACGGUGUCCCGGAGACCACCCAGUCCCUGAUCCAGUUUGUGAGAACCGUCAGGGACUACAUCAACAGGACCCCCGGGGCCGGGCCCACUGUGGUGCACUGCAGUGCUGGUGUGGGUAGGACUGGAACCUUUAUUGCAUUGGAUCGAAUCCUCCAGCAAUUAGACUCCAAAGAUUCUGUGGACAUUUAUGGAGCUGUGCAUGACCUAAGACUUCACAGGGUUCACAUGGUCCAGACAGAGUGUCAAUAUGUGUACCUACAUCAGUGUGUAAGAGAUGUUCUCAGAGCAAGGAAGCUACGGAGUGAACAAGAAAACCCUUUGUUUCCAAUCUACGAAAAUGUGAAUCCAGAGUAUCACAGAGAUUCGGGCUAUUCAAGGCAUUGAGAAUGUACCCGAAGAUCUCCUGGAUCAGAACUAUUCACUGUGUGAUUUUAUUUAAAAAAAAAAAAAAAAAAAAAAACUUGCUUCAUGCCCUACAGAGGUGCCAGCUAUUUCUGUUGAUAUUAUGUAUAAUUUAUUAAUCUGGAGAAUUUUAAAGAUUUUAUGUAAUUUAAAGGUAACAGAUAUUAUUGUACAUAGUUGUAAUUUGUAGUUUCUUCUGUAAAUAUGUAUUUUUCAUAAUGUUUAAUAUUAAGCUUUAUAUAAUACUAUUUUUCCACACCAAAGUGUUCAUGGCUUGUUCUACCUAAACUAAUUCAACCUGUAUAACAGGACAAGUGGUAAGAAGUGCAUGGAGGUGGUUGCAGGGGUGAUCCCCUAGGCCAGGGUUUUUACCAGUUUUGACACCCACUGGGCAGAAUACAGGGCAGGGCUGGAGACAGCAGAGAGCACAGCUGGCUUUGAGGGCAUUGCUGGGACCCAAAGAUGAUCCAAAAGCAAUUCAUGUAUGUAACAAUGUAAUAAUAUAACAAUCAAAAGAAAGGAUUGAAGAGAUGAGAUUAAGCACCAAAGCUGAAGUAGGUGUUUGUGCAUCCCGUGGUUAGUGUCUCCCCUUUGUCCGGCCAUAGCUCCAAGCCAGCGUGGCCAGCUCAGGGGCCACGUAACCUGCAAGGCAAGUCCAGGCUGCCGGGCUGAGGGUUCUGAGAGGGAAUGACCAAAACAGAAGUGAUGAAUUCCUCUUAUCCAGAAGCGUGCCACCUGCUCCCCUGACUGGAAACAGUCAACAUGCUAAGCGCCACCGCAGCCGCGGGAGACUGUUCCACUGCAUCCACCGUGUGCCGUGUGUGAGCAUGCGUCCCGCACUGGGAUGUGUGUUUUGGCCAGUGGACACACACUCAUCUUUGUCUCAUUGCUAGGAGGCUGCACUCCUGGAAAAGUCAAAAUCGCACUGGUCAUACUUGGAUUUCCCACUAAAAGAAGAUUGUGGUGACAUAUUAUGCUACUGAUCAAAGGGCCUAAUAUUAAUACCUCUAGAGAAAUAUCCACAAACAUCACAUAUCACUAAUUUAAAAAAUACUGAAACAAAAGUUCAGUGGUGCCUAGUAUAAAAUUUUCCAGACAGCUUUUUUUAGUAAAUCAUUGAGGUCAAAAUAUCAAAUAGUCACUUUCAGUUGCAUUUAAUAUGAAAGGCACUCAUAUCUGCCAAGUUGACCGAUUUUGACUAUCACAAAUUUCAGUGAGUCAAAAAGUGAGCACUGCCCUCUCCAAGGUCCAGUUCCAAGGGUCUUCCUAGAGAAAAUUUGAAACACACCUGUAUGGUAUCAUCAUGGACUCCUGAGAGAUGAGUCGGGAAUGUUUGCCUUUCUCUCACUACAGAUUCCUCUGUAAUAAAUUUAAGAUUUAGAGAGCCAGGUUGUUGGUCUCAUAGCUUCAUUUGCAGAAAGAGUACAUUUCUUUUCAAAAUGUAUACUUUUUGCUACAAACUGUAGAACCCCAUAAGUACUAUAAUGGGUGUAAUUGCCAUAGUAAGUGGAAAAAUCAUUAAAUAUACCUAAUAUAGUUGUAGUAAAUUAAGGCUACACCCAAACUGGAAAGUUUUCCAGGGCUUUUUGAAGUUUGUGGGAACAGGAAAAACCUUUAUGAGAAUGAAUGGGAAGAGGAUUCCAAAUUUUCACAGUGUUAUCACGCUCAAUGCCUUGUGAAAUGACAGUGUUAGGGUCUGAUCCUGUUUCAGGAAACCAGAUGGCUCUUCUUGAAAUGAAAAGGAACAAUAUACAUGUAAGUGUGGCAGAGGUACCACUGGGGAGAAAAUAAAGAUCAGAGAUGUAUGAGAUGAUAUGUCUAUUAGGAACAACUUUCCCUGUAUCAAUAAGAAAAAGCAAUAAAUUUUAAAAAACCAGAAUUUUAAGCCGACGUCACUGGGUAUGAAGCACAUUCAUACAUGGAAAGAAAUUCAUUUUCAGCUUCUCAUUCAUUUAGAAAAGUUUAAGUGCCUGCAACUUGCUAGGCACUGUCCUAGAAAUCACACAUUUCUAUUCAAUAAAGAGAAUACAUCACAGUGAUAAUGGUGGGAUUGUUGUUACUAUUUUCAAUUAAACCUGAAAGAGGGCCUCAGCAAGGCAGCAACAUCACCCAGCAGCGUCGCAGUGGCAGCCUUCCUUGGGCCACAAAUUGGCUGAUGCUGCUUCUCUAGCAAAUCUCUGAAUGAAAAAGAGAAAGAAAGCAAUUAAUUGCACAAAUCAAGAAUUAAAACCAUAACAAACCUACACGGCUGUCACAGUACAUACCCUGGCAUAUCUGGGGUGGAAUCAGAGUUAUGGAAAUGGACAUGACAAGGGAAAACUGUAUGUUCUUUUAGUCUAAUGCAGGACAAAUUUAUUUCUACCCUCCACCUGUCUAAUUUUAAAUCUCCUUAGCAACAAAUAUUUCACUGUCUUCCCUCCCACCACCAUCAAAGACUAAAUACAUAAUCUAGUUGAUCUAUUUAUUAAAUUUAAGAGGAGGAAAAACAGGUUUCCUUGACAUUCAGCUCAAUUAAUUUAAUCCCAUCAUGUGUUAUGUCUUGGUAAACACUCCACUUCCUGUCGCACUGGGCAUCCUGGCUGCGCACCUGUGCAGUACACUUUAAUCAUCAAGCCUUCAAAGUGCUUUUGAGCUAUCAAAUCUUGGAAGGUUCCUGUCUUGCAUCUUAAUAAUUAUUUAUCCAAGUCUUUUAUAAUUAACUCCUUUAAUCUCUACUCAUUAAAUCAAUUUCAUACUAUUCUGUCUUCUCUGGAUAGCAGCCAAUUUUUCAGCUCUUGAGUCAGAUUUUUCUAAGGCUCCUCUCCCUGUCUGGGUCUGCACUUGUCCUAAGAAAUUCAGCAGCACUUAAUGCUUCCGAGCCCCUCUUUUUCACUACACUUCCCCUUCUCCUUUUUGAAUAGGUUUGCUUUCCCAGUAGAAGGUGAUUUUAUUUUCUGUUCAUCUUAUCUCCUCAUAUCUCCUCAUACCCAUUGGUAUGUCAUAGUCUUUUCUGGCUCCACAUUUUAGAAGAGAUGAUAAUGAUUCACUUUUGAACACUAAAAUGGCCACAGCACACAAUAUACUCGGGACAGUUUUAUUUGGUAGAGUCUUUAAUUAAUUUUAUUAUCUCUCGGAAGAAAGCCCAAAAUGAUAUUUGAAAAUAAUAUGAAAGCACUAAGCAGAUGUCCAGCAAUACAAAAAUAGACUUCACAUCUUAGAGUUCACACUCUGAUUCUUCUAAUGUCUCAGGAUCCAGGUUCUUGUAUUUAAACACUCACCUUACCUCUUGAAAGAAAAUUGUUGACUAUGCACUAAAUUCUCAUUCACUUAGGCUUCUGGGUCUCUAUGGUUGGAAUCCUAAAGUCAUACACCUGCCAGAUCUGAGUAACAGCAAGUAGCAGAAUCUAAGCACCAACUCUGGGGUACUCUAGAGUUUUAGUUCACACACAUGAGGCAGACCAAAUCUGACCUGAUUGGGGGAAAAAAAAAAAAAGGUAAUAAGCUGCUUGUUUGAUGUAGCAGCUCAAGGACUUUCCACGUUCCAUUUCAUUGAGGAGAUGGAAGUAAUUGAUGACUCACAACAGAGUGGCAAAAAGGAAUGGCUGAUCCUCCUGGAAGUGGCUGUGAGCAAGGCUUCAAUGGUACCUCAUUCCAGAAGAGACAGAGUGGAAAAGGCUGUUAUCAGCCCAAAUGUUCUGUUAAGGUUCAGAGUAUUUUUAACCUGAGAUUUCAAAUCAUAUCAAGUAUUCAAAGCUUGUUUCACUCAAGGGAAAAUCUAUAAACCAUGACUGCAGAAAAUGAGUGAAAUAAUACAAAAAAGGAAAAAAUAUUUGAAAAGAGGGGAUCUAAGCAGACAUCAUCAGAAAGAAGAAACAGCAUUCCUUCUGUAUCCAGACUGUUUCUUGGGGGUGUCAUAUGUUUCUGUUAAGACACAUUAUCCUUUGAAUGGUUCACUUUGACUAUGUUGGCCAGAUGAUGUAGCUGACUAAGCAAUUGAAUUGAUUCAUUUAGUUUUGUGAAUUGACCAGGUGUUUGACGAAACUGAGUUUAGAAUUCUGAACACACUACCUUAGAUUCUUUUAGUGGAUGGUGCCUUUGAAAAUGUUUGGCCAUUUUAGUUAAAAUGCAGGGUAACAUUUAAUGCAGCCAUGAUAAUAGCAAAAAUCUGUUCUGUUCUAAAAAUGUUUCUAGCAAUGGAAAUAUUUUUGACUAAAAGACUACUCUUGACUUGUAGGGAGGCUCCCUAGGAAUAAAUAUAUGCCACAAAAAUAAGGCAUUUUAAUUUUUUUAAAGAUUGUCUAUAUAGAUGCAUUCAUGACAUAAGAAAAUGGUUGGUGAAUGCUCCUAAAAUAAAGGCUUAUGUAAUGGAAAUAAAAAGCUCUAUUAACAGACCUACCAAAAAUUAUUUUUGUAACCUAUAUGCCAAUGUACAUGAUCUUAUGUAAGACAUCAAAAUAAGCUGUUGAAAAUGGUGAACAACGUCCGACAAAAGUAGUAUGUUUCUUCUAGAAGAUUCACAAGAAAGGUUAGUUAUGGCUGUUUUCUGCAGUAAGUAAUUUCUUUUAAGAAAAGCUAUCUUCAUCCUAAGAGUAAGCUUUCUGUUAUGUUGGAGAUGUUGUGUUUUCAUAACAUCUUGUGAGUGAGCAAGUAAGCCUCCCCACAGAAAGGAGCAUAUGCAGUUGUGGCUUUCGGAGUGUGUCAUAGUUUGGGUGGCUUUCCCCUGCAAGCUGAAGUGAGAGUCUACAGUGGCCUUCAUGAAAUCUCCUAAUUUCGACCACGCUAACAACUAGGUGCACCAAAGUUCUUACCUGAAGAGUCCUUAAUCUCUAGUUUCCUAGGUAGGACCCAUCAGGCUUAUAAAUUCUGCAAGGAUAAGAACCAAGUCUUUGAUCUCUUUUAUACUCCCACCUAAUAGAAAUUAGUACACUACUCAUAGACAUUCAACAUAUACCUUUUGAGUGGAAAUUGCUCCUGGCCCAAUACUUUGGGUAUUAGGUAGUCAGUAUCUAAUAAUGCUAGAUAUGCUCCAUGUGUUCAUGGAGGCUCAUCUGGCUGUUCCUUGAUUUGUGUCACGCUUAAAUAAAUAAGGCAAAUACAUCUAGCAACUGAAUGUGUUAUGUUCUUUAAUAGAGCUCUUUUUAUGUUUUUUAUAUUAUGUAUUCUUUCUCUGCAAAUCUGGUCAUUUAAAAUGGCAGUCGGUGGUUCUGUUUUUUUCUUAUGAUAGUACCUCUCCACACAUUUGUGUUUUCUAACCAACUCUAUUUAAAGAAAGCACUUCCAUAGUCUUUGUAUUUAAUUUAUGUAUUUGCUUAAUGUUUUUUCAUACUGUAACUGUGGUCAAAAACAAUCUAUAUAGUGUCAUACACACCUUCUCACUAGUGAAUAAAACAGCUAUUUGUUGAA